AUGACUUCUAUGGAGAACAGAUCUGAAGUGAAUGAGUUCAUCCUUAAAGGAAUAACAGAUGAUCCAGAACUUAAGGUUCCUCUCUUCAUCAUGUUCACCCUCAUCUACCUCAUCACCCUAAUAGGGAACCUAGGAAUAGUAUCUUUGAUCUCCUGGGAUUCCCACCUCCACACACCCAUGUACUUUUUCCUUAGUAACCUCUCUUUGGUGGAUUUUAGCUUGUCUUCAUCUGUGACUCCUAAGGUGAUGGCUGGGCUCCUAAGAGGGGACAAGGUUAUCUCUUAUAAUGGAUGUGCCACACAGUUGUUCUUCUUUGCAGCAUUUGUUAUUAUUGAAAGUUUCCUCUUAGCCUCCAUGGCCUAUGAUCGCCAUGCAGCUGUGUGUAAGCCCCUACAUUACACCACCACCAUGACUUCAACUGUAUGUGCAUCUCUGGUCUCUGGUGCUCACAUCUGUGGAUUUCUGACCUCCUCCAUAGUCACAGGAAAUAUAUUUAGCCUUUCCUUUUGUAAGUCAAACAUAGUGAAUCAUGUUUUCUGUGAUAUCCCCCCUCUCCUUGUUCUCUCUUGCUCUGAUAUUCAUAUCACUGAGUUACUAGUCUUUAUCUUAACAUCAUUCAAUGCAUUUUUCCCAUUUAUGGUCAUCUUUUCUUCUUAUUUGUUAAUCUUCAUCACCAUUCUGAAGAUACGUUCUACUGAGGGCCGCCAGAAAGCUUUUUCCACUUGUGCUUCCCAUCUCACAGCAGUAUCUAUAUUUUAUGGGACAGCUGUCUUCAUUUACUUCCAACCUAGUUCAAGUCAUUCAAUGGAUUCGAACAAAGUGGUAUCCAUAUUCUACACCAUGGUCAUUCCUAUGCUGAACCCUCUGGUCUAUAGUCUGAGGAACAAAGAUGUCAAGAACACUUUCAGGAAAGCUAUGAGGAGACAACAUUAA